AUGUCCCACAGGCAGAAGCAUGAUCAAGGCCUUGAGGGCCAGCUGGGAGAGAAGGUUCCUGCAGCUAAAGAGGUAUCUGCUGCUCAGGAGUCCCAGGACACCUCCUCAUCCUCUGCUUCCAUCCAAGCCACUGCACCAAGCAAAGCAAGUAAAGUUUCUGGUGAUCAAGCAGUGGGAGGUCAAAGUACCUCAAAGGCCUACCUAUACUCCAAGUUUUUGCUCAACAGUAACCUUCAGAAGAAGGUUACUGAUUUUGGCAAAUUUCUGAUUGCUAUAACAAAUGAGCCUGUCACAGAAGCAGAAAUUCAGAAGAGAGUUGUUAAGGAGUACAAAGGCUACUAUGCAUCAAUCUUCAAGCAUGCCUGUGAAUGCAUGGAAGUAGUCUUUGGCAUUGAGGUAAAGGAAGUGGACUCCUUGAACCACACUUACAAGCUCCUGAAAAUCCUUGACCUCACCUAUGAUGGGCGGAUCAGCAAUGAAGAAGGGAUACCCAAGAAUCGCCUCUGUGGUGCUUAUCCUGGUGUAAUCUUCAUGAAGGCAAACGUGCCUUCUGAGAAAAAGAUCUGGGAGGGUAUCAGUGUCGUUGGUGUGUAUCCUGACCAACAUGAUUUUAUAUGCGGGGAUCCCAGAAAGUUCAUCACUGAAGAUUUGGUGUUAGAGAAUUACCUGGUGUACCAGCCUAUACCCAACAGUGAUCCUUCAAGCUAUGAGUUCCUGUGGGGCCCAAGAGCCCAAGCUGAAACAAGCAAAAUGAAAGUCCUGCAGUUUUUUUCCAAGGUUGCUGGGAGUAGCCCUACUUCCUUCACUGCUUUAUAUAAGGAAGCUCUGAAAGAUGAAGAGGAGAGAGCCCGGGCUCUCCUUGCAUCCACAGCCAUAUCUACUGCUGCGGAUAAUUUGGGUUCUGGGGAGAAGCCCAGCAGUGUCUCCCACCCUGAGUAA